CGACUCCCGCCUUUUGUCCGUUGUCGUCAUUCACGAUAACGUCGCCUGCCUUGUUUCCCCCCAACAACAGCUCCCUUCGAUUUUUAUAACAUUCUACUUAAUGUUCUUUGCUGUGCCACGUCCUGGACUGGCAAUGCAGCACAAUAUAGGCCGUUCCAUUUGAGGAGACCCCAACUCCGAUGCCCGGACAUCUUCGGCAUCUAUGGAUCACCGCGGUUCCUUCUUUUUCUUCCUGGUCGUAUUCUAUCUCCUUCUCAGUUCGCAGUCUCAUCCUCCGUUAAUCUCUCAGGAUCGAGAACGUCAGCGGGAGCUUACAAGGGAGAAAGAUGCGCUUCGUCGAUUGAAUGAAUCCAAGUACGGAGACUUCAACCCACAAGCGGACCGAUGGCUUCCUUUCCCGGGGGUAAGGAAGAAUGAUAGUUACGCGUGGGAAAUUCUUUCGGAAGUUCAGGAUAGGGCGCGCUACCAGCUGCGGUCGGUCAUUUCAAAUGCAGGGCUGGAUGUUCCGAAGGGUCUCGAGGACCCGGACGCAUCACAGGCGCUCAACCUAACGCAACUGCUUCUCCCCGUCUACCGCAAUGCCACCGGUAAACUGCACGGCGAUUGGGUGAGGCGUAAGCUAGAAACAGCCCAUCGCCCAUUGAAUACAACUGCCAUUGUACUGGAAAAUGAAUAUUUCACACACGAAUUCAGCCACAAUGUUACUGGAAACACGGGCUCCUUCUAUCUAGACUUGCGUGAAGGAGGUGGUGAAGAGCUUCGACUGCAACAUGGCCACGUCCGUGAAAUUCGAGCAACUUUAGCUGUGGAAAACGGCGACUUCUGGGGGAAUACAUGGUACCUGCCUUUACUCGGAAUUCAUUUUCCUGAAACGGGGGCCAUCAUCCUCACUACUACAAGCGAAAAGUUUGGGGGCAUCUUUACUUUGCCGCAUAUGACACUUUCAUCGGACGCGUAUGACUUGUCGCAUCAGCUUCUCAUGAAAUCUCUCUCGGAUACUAUAUCCGAGAAACAGAAUAAGCCUCCCACACUUUUUCCCUGGUCCUCGCUGGUUGGCGCCGAGCAGGUGGAGUUUCCUGCGCCGAAGUGUGAGCACAUAAUUUACCUACAACAGCAUCCAGUAGCGGUUCGCGACUACCUUGCAGAUAGGCAAGCCAUUGAGCAGAUUGAGCAGGAGCUUAGAUACCCUAUGGGUGCACCCAUUCCGUCACCUCCACUCAUGGUCAUGUCAGCUGUGGUCUUUUCUCCCGACUGCGGGUACAUCCUUGAAACGAAGGGCACGCCCGAUUUCCCUCCCACUGAAGCACUGUAUCUUACCGGGCCCAAAUUGGAGGAGCUCGGUAAAUACUCUGCUCGCAUUAUAUUUGUAAUAUGCGGCAUUUCUGCUGCACAAAUUGCUUUACUCUUGCGGCAGGUUAAGGAAGCUUCCACACCUUCGACCAGGAGUCGGAUCAGUUUUUAUACCAUUGCACUGAUGGCAUUCGGAGACUCAUUUAUACUUGUAUUCACAUUGCUGGAGCUAUAUCCAGCAGUAUCAUUCUUGAUUUUGACGACAGCAUCAUUCCUCACCUUCCUUUCAGUCAGCUACAUCGGAAUGAAGUUCAUGAUGGAAAUAUGGGCUGUCCAAGCCCCUGAACGGCGGGAACAGGACCGUCGAUCCAACCCUACGGCAACAACGGCACGCCCUGGCGGCCUGCCAAUGCCAGCCACUGCACGGCUUAGGGACUCUGGGGCAACGCCUAUCAUAUUGACCCCAGACCAGGAUCCUCCGGCUGAGGAGAACGAGCCGCCUCCGAAUCGUAACACAACGCCGACAGCUCAAGAGACUCGCAGCGAUGUAGGGGCCAUGUAUGCACGAUUUUACUUUGUGCUCUUUGUGGGGCUAAUCGUCUCUAUUUGGUCUUUCUUAUGGCCAAACCGGUUGGGGGCGCUCUAUGCCCGAGCUCUUGGGUUUGUAUACCUCUCGUUCUGGACACCCCAGAUAUAUCGGAAUGUUAUACGCAACUGCCGCAAAGCUUUGCGGUGGGACUUUGUGGUUGGUCAGAGCUUUUUACGCCUGUUCCCUUUCAUGUACUUCUUGACUGUACCCGGUAACGUGCUGUUUGUGCGCUCCGACACGACAACAGCUCUUGCACUAGCUGGGUGGGUGUGGAUACAGGUCUGGAUCUUGGCGAGUCAGGACAUUCUGGGGCCGCGCUUCUUCAUACCUCGUGGCUGGGCACCCCCGGCCUAUGAUUAUCACCCUAUCGUACGAGAUGCUGCCGAAUCGGAUACUGACCUUGAGUCGGGUGGGGUGCUACCGAUUGGAGCCUUGAGAGCAGACGAACGAGACGAUAGUAAAGAGGAGGAUAAACAACAUCCGAAAGAUAAGAAAAAGGCGAUAUUCGACUGUGCGAUAUGCAUGCAGGAAAUUGAGGUGCCUGUUCUCGCGGCACCGGGAGCUUCUGGGGGCAGCAGUAUGACGGACGGAGCUACGAGUAUCCUUAGUCGUCGGGCAUAUAUGGUCACCCCCUGUCGACAUAUCUUCCACAGCACGUGCUUGGAAAGCUGGAUGCGACUCAGGCUUCAGUGUCCUAUUUGUCGAGAGUCUAUCCCUCCUGUAUAGCGUGUAAUAUUGUCAACAUACCCAAUAGACGGUGUAUUGAUUAGUUAUGUUUUACACUGGCCUGGCCUCCAAAAGGUAGACCCAAUACAUUCCAGAAAAGGAUAGUCGUAUAAAACGUACAGCUUGACUUCAAUCAAAGCUUCUACUCUAGGAGUUUUCAACAUUGGAAGGCGUGAUGGAGCCCUGUAGCUGAACAAGAAUAGAUAUUCUAAAGUCCCAGAGAGGAAACUGGCAAUAUGUAUAUUAAUUGCAGUAAGCCAGUCUUGUUGAAUAACAGGCCUGGCUAAUUGACGGCAGAUACGAGUCUAACAUGACAUGAAAAGAA